CCUAGGGUUACAGGGUAAUCCUGAAAGUUAGUACUACAUAGAAACUAAACCAAUUAGCCAAUUAGCCAAUCAAUCAGUUCCAUUCAUACCCCCAAAUCACACACCAGGAACCAGGGACGAGGGAUCAGAUGACGUCUAUUCGACUUACAGUUCAAACUGUAUGUAUGUACCUACCCUAGGUUAAGUAAGUACCAAAAUGGUAUCAGAUCAUCUUACCUAGUAUGCUUUCUACAUCUUACUUCUUUAAAAUUAUGGCCUAAACUAAACUUGCAAUAAUAGGAUUAUCUGAUUGCCAUGGCUCCCAAUAUCAUACCUACACCACUUAAUUCCCUACGUGUCUCUCGCUACCUAAUCCCGGCACACAAUCUCAUACCCAACACAAGUAUCUUGAAUAAGCCACUCUUACAUUAUCAUGGAGCUUUCCCUGCUGCGACUUUGACUGCAUCGUCUAUAGAGCUGUACCUCACAACUAUUGGCGUUGUGGAACCGCAGUGGCGUUAUACCAUGUACAGUCAAACUCACUUUCACUCUACUACUCACGAGGUGUUGUGCAUCAGCCGAGGAACAGCAAAGUUAUGCUUUGGCGGCGAGGACAAUCCGGGGAAAGUGGAAAAGAAGGUUGAGCCCGGUGAUGUGUUAAUCUUACCUGCUGGCGUCGGGCAUAAGCUUCUGGAAGACCUAACAGACGAUUUUGAGAUGGUAGGGUGCUAUCCUAAGGGCUAUAGUUGGGAUAUGUGCUACGGAAAGAAGGGCGAGGAGACUAAGGUUCAAGGCAUUGCGAAGAUUCCUUGGUUUAUCAGAGACCCGAUUUAUGGCGAUGAAGGCCCUAUUCUUGAAAAUUGAUAUUUGACGCAUCAUAGGGUACGACGCAUCGAUAAUGGGACGAUACAAAUGCGAUUUGUCUUCUCUUUGUUCAGAGGAUCGGAGGUACGCGAACAAGCCAAGCGGCACAGACUACCCGGUCUCCUUCCAUGUUCCAUUUUCAACGACAGAGCUACACAAAUUCAUGCUUCUUUAUACCAAGGCUUGGAUCAAACUUUACACUACAAACAAACCACUUUCUGAGUUAACUUUAUGUAUCGGAGCGCCUCGACACCACAUUCAACUCGAACGAUGGUGCCAUGUCAUCCUAGACAAGAGAGAGAGCAUUGAGGCCCAGGCUAAUGCUUUGGUACUAACCUCUGUCAAAGUGUAACAACCGAUGCACAUAACUAUUCUUGACCUAACCACACGACCUUAGCAAUAUCCAGAUGAGAUCAAAGGAACGUGUCAUUUCGGUCAUAUUUAUCUAGAAAGGAAUUUGAGAUUCGAAUCCUCCACGCUCGAUUUAUAUAAGGCCUUAUA